CACACUUUCUAAAAGUCCUUCAUUCUUUGUGGAUUUGCCUGAAAAUGUAAACUUUAUGUUAAUAAUAGUUCAUGAAAUCUCUCCCUCCACCCCCCAGCACACACACACAUACACACACACACUCUCUAUCUCUCUUCUUGACCAUACUUUGUGUGUUAAUAGUUGACCACUGACACUUCUGUUUCUGUAAAUCACUUGUUUACUUCAGGAUUCAGAGUUUACUUCAGUGCCUCUCAGUUCUGACUGCUUAUCCUGUAUUAAGUGUGAAAUGUGAGGAUUUCCAGUCUGCUAUAUAUGGUCUAAGUUCUGUACUGGUGUUUUCCAUUAUAUUAAUAUUAAUGAAGAGCCUCAUCUUUCUUACCUUCACUGGAAACAUAUGCAUGAUGAGGACAUGUCAUUAUGUCAAAGCCCUUCGGUGAUCUGCUGUACAUCUGGACAAUGUUCCUCCAAGCUUCUGGGAAAGUGCUCUGUGAGGCACCUGCAAAAACAACAGAAAAAUGCAAACUAACAGAAAGGCUCAGAAUGACUUCACCACAUCACACAACAAGUAAUAACGCCGGAUUAGGGAACUGAGCUAUUGCUCCAUUAUUUUGUAUACAAAAGACUCUACAUUUUUCACAUUGAACAAAAUAUUCUUGUGACUUCUGUUAUAGGGUGUGUGUGUAUGCGUGCAUGCUUCUGUGGGGUUCAUGUGUGUGUAUGUAUGUGAGUUUUGUGUCAGACCAGUAAGUAACCACCUAUUUGCUUUUUACAUUCCAUGGCUGUUUAACAUAUAUGCCUUUUUAACAAUAAGCAACUCCAAAGAAAGCACUAAACACAGGCUACAGUGCCUUAUGAAGAGUGUCGUAAGCCUGUCGUAAUGCACGAAUGCGCACGGCUCUUAUGUGAUCGUAAUCUAUCUGACGGUGUUUAUUUGUGGAGGAUUUUGACAACAUGCAAUUAAAACAUGUCCCCAGGUGAGCAACGAUUACAAAGAAAAUGAUGGAAGGGUAGAUAAAGAACAAAAACACGGGGUUGAAUGGGGUGCCGGGCACUGUGCACACACACACUGUACAUGCACACAACAAGCUGCUGUCUGUUAGACCUGCUGCUAAAUACCUCAAAAGCUCAGACAAGUCCUAGCAGAGAUGCCAAAGGUUUAACAUUCCAGGUUCUUCUCACCCACCUUGUUUAUUUUGAGCCAUGUAACAGAAGAUGUGCACACAAGCCUCUUUGUAACUGGUGCUUAAGGGAUUGAUUUGAAUUGGGUGAAGUGUUGUGUCUCAGUGGCUGAGGAAGAGAGGGAUGUUCCUCAUUUUGCUAAAAGCAAAAGCACUGAUGACGUGAAGAUGAUGGUUCUUGGCUCAGAGGAAUGGAAGACAUUUUCAGCUGCCUACUCUCUUUCAUAUCUGUGUUUGCUAGCAGUGUAUAGCUCUCCUUCUAAGAGUAUAUGAUGAGCAUUGCAGUAUUGUAUACAUAAUGACAUAAUUGCAAGGUCAGACUUCCCAUUUUUGAGUUGAGUCCAAAACGGCAUUGUACUAUGCCUCUUCACUUUAGGCUGACAUGCUCAGAGGCACGUCCUUUAAUAAGAAUGACAGGAACAGAGGCCACACCUCCUCUCCUUUGGCUGACAGGUAGUUAGACUAUGCCUCCUUCACUGGGACAGAUUUGCACACUAGCCACACCUAUAUUACUGGGAAUAACAUGCAUGUAGGUUGUGCCUAUUUUUUCUCUCUCCAGAUAAUAGUAAAGUAGUAAUAAAAAGAGAUGCAUGUGUGCUGUUCAGAAAGCUGUUCCAAUGCCAGUGUUAUCUGAUACACACUGUUAUUCAGAACUGGUCAAUUCAGUUUAUUAUUGGCAUAAGGAUGGAAUAAGGUGGAAUAAUGCUUCUGAUAGUGAGUGAAUCACACUAGACUUUGUCCUUGUUAUUUUCUUGAUGUGUUCCUUUCCGAAAUCACAUCACAGCAGUACUGCCUAUAUUCACCUGGUUUUUGCUCCACCCCAGCUGAGAAAACAGUGAGCUGAAAAUCCAGCGUGACUGCUACUUUUCUGUUUGCAGACCAGCCAUUCUGGUUUACACACAGUAGAACUGGAGAUUCCUUGAGCCCUGCCUGGUUUUAUUUGAGUGUCCUAAAGCCACAGAUUUUCGGACUGCGCUUAAUGGUUGCUGGGAAAUGAUACACCAGAAUGAUAGACCACAAUCCAACAAGGACCGUAUCCGUAUUUAGGCAUUUGCAGAGCAAGCAAUUUGUGUUUAUAAACAUGUUUCUGCCUCCAGUGUUGUGCAGCAUCUUCUGCUAGAUAUUCAUCUCUCUCCAGAUGUUGAGACAACCUAUUGGAAACUUCUGGAAUGUUUACAAGCAGCAGGGCUUACAGUGUGGCUUCAGAAGGGAAUGUCUUUGUGUACAGCUCGAGUUUAACACUUAAUUGCCUGCUAUCAUUACAAACUGGGAGGAUUCUCCUGCAACGUAGCUCAAAGAGGAUAAGACACAGGCCCAUCCUGAAACACAAUCUGCAUACAGUGUUUCAGUGUAAAACUCAAAAAUUAGCCUGGAAACAAAAAUUAUAAAUAGAUACAAGGUGUUAUACUGUAUAUGCAUUGCCAGUCGUGUUCUGAUGUUCACACUGAAAGCCUGAAUCAAGAUCUAAAAGCAAUACUGAAAUGCAACUGACAGUUCCACAGAUUCAUGUUGCAGUCUGUUUAAAUUAUAGUUUGCAAAGGUGUUGAUUAUUUUUCUAUUUCAUAAUUUAGACAGUAGUUUCAACUGCAGGGCAAAUCCCAGGUUCAUAUUAAAGCCCUUGUUCUGAUACGUAUUGUUUCCACACAGACUUGUAUGGCGGUUGGUCUGAAUAAACUGAUUUAAAGAGUGUGUAAUGAUUGAUAUGGUGGAUUGUUCUAUGAGAAGACGUUUAUUUAACAUUUAUGGAAGGAGUCUUCAGUGUCAGCUCUUUGCAACUGUCAGAGAUGGGAAAGUCUUCAGGACAGAGGGCUUUUUGGUUUCACAGUAACAUAACAAGACAAUUUUUUUGUCUCAAUAAAUUCACAAGAGACAAUAAUAAUAUAGAGGCUGGUGAAGGAAUGACAGUUUAUAGCUGUUAUAAUGUAAGUGAUAACAGAACUAACUUCUUUCAGGGAUGUUCCACAACAUUAAAGGUAACUAUAAAUGGAUAAAAAAAAGUAUGAUGUGAUGUUCUUUAAUAAAUAAAAAAACAUUAGCAGCAAAUUGCUGUGGUACAAGAGGAAUAAACUUCUUCGGGGCAUGCUGUUAUUGGAAAAUCAACCUCCUCAUUGUUGACUAUUUUCCUAUAACAGCGCGCACAGUCAUGUUUUAUUCCUUACUUAAGGAAGUUGCCUAAUUAUUGAGUAGACGAGAGGUACGGCAUUGGGUACAAAGUGUCUUGUACUGUGAAAGGUGUCCAAAGGUUAUGAGGCUUUUGAGCCAAUUUAUUAUAUUCAGUACAGCAACUGAGGGAAGACUGUGUUCUAGUAAAAGAUCACUUUCUACAUGAAGGAUGGUGUGCAACAGUAAUCUGAAAAUAACUGCCCCUACCACCUCUCUCUUUUUAACUCCACACCACUUUUCUAUCCAGUGACAGUAAUUGUGGCUUGGCUGGGAAAUCCUGCACUGUAAAUAUUUAGUCCUGCUGAGGACGAACAUGACAGCGCCAGGACUCUGUGAUGAAGAGCUUGAGUUGUAGAGAGCAGAGUGAUUCCAAUAAGACCUGUUAAAAUACUUAGGGCUAUGCUUAAUGUCAUAGUUUUAAUAGCUGCUGACAUCCUGCGAUGUCCUUGCUGCACAGCUGGUCACUGAAUGAGGAAUGCAGUAGCACAGCUGGAGCUACAUAGUAACGUUCCUUUGCCACACUUCCCUCUUUUUUACAGUUCAUUGAACAAAAAUAUGGGAAGUCUGUAUAAGUGACUUUAAUAUUAAACUUGCUGUUACCACCCAUUUACUUCUUCUUUUGAGGUUUUGUCUGACAGUGACCAAACAAGAAUUAAACAGACUGGGGAAAAAAAACAGAAAAAUGACAAGCGAGAUGAACUAACAUUGGAAAAAUUUGUUGUUGUAAUUUCAGUUUGUCUUUAAGAUACUAAUACUUAGUCUUGUUAAGUAGUGCAUAGCUACAAAAUGCUGCAGUAGCUCCAGCUGCUUUCCUGGUUUCACGCUGCUCGCUCUCUUCUAAGAUGUUUUUAACUGCUAGAGAUAUGUUAGUCUUUAAAAUUCUUGGCUCAGACCCCCUCUCCCUUUCUCCUACCACACCCUCUUUCUUUCUCCUUCUCUCUCCUCAUCAGACUAUAGUCAUUUAAUCUCCACUCUUUCAGAUGGUGUUGGGUCUCAGGACACCCCAUGAGUGCAAACAGACCCCCUUUUAUCUCCCAUCCGUUCCAACUGUUCCAGAUUUUCACCUGGAGUAAAUUCACUGGAGCCUGAUACCAUCACUAAAAGCUAAUGAGCUGGAAUGCUUGGAUUAGUGUAACUGUAGCUAAACCUGCUCUUAAACUCUGACUAAGGAGAAUAGGACAGGAAGGAUAGGAAUCACAAGGAUAGGACUAUCUCUGUGGAUAAGGGUGUGGGAUAUAUGCUGAAUCUGAGAGUUUUGACCUUAUGGGGAUAUUUGGCUGGUUCCCAUGAGGCAAAGUGCUUUUUAUUGUACAGCUUUUAUUAACAAAACUAAAAGAGACAAAAGGUUACUGAGGUUAAGGUUAGGGUUAGGUUUAGGUGUAACAUAGCAUUAAUUAGCUGCAUUAAUGUCUAUGAAAGGAUACUAAUGCUGCAUUCGACUGACCUCACAAGUGGGACGUCAAAGCUCGGAAUAACCUCAUUUUCGACCUCUGUUCAUUUGAGCUACAAAGUGGGGGAAAAACCAUGGAUGUCUCCAUGUUCAUCUUUUGUUAACAAAAAUCUAGCAUGCGAACUAUGAUGAGUCAUGUAUAUUUAGCACCUUCAAACAGCGAACUGUAUAGUCAGAGUUGUAGAUUUAACAAGCUAAUAUGUCUGUAUGUUGAUUGACUAAAGCAAAUAUACAUACGGUGUAACUCAUUUAGAAGUUACUGUUCAUGCUGUGAGCAGGCAUUUUGGGUUUUGAUGUCACAUGAUGAACCCAAGGUUGGGGAGAUCUCUCCGACUUUCAUUAAAGGAAUUUUGAGUUGAGGGGACGUUUUCUUUGGUUUUUCCAGAAAUUCCGAGUUUUAGUUGAAUGCAGCAUAAAUCUAGACUUGUUAUUUCUCUCUCUGUCCUGUAGUAGCCUCCAUUAUCACAGUGCAGCACGCUGGAAAUCUCCCUGACAGAAACAUGGUUGCACUCUCGAGUAAACUAGUGACAAAUAGAGCCGUCUUUAAGCUGAUGAUAUGGUUAACCAUAAAACAGUGCCUUCCUCAUGGCUGACUGCCCUGCAGAGGACAUUUUCAUGUCUAAAUGGCCAGAGUAUAUCUGAUCCUCUGAGCUGAUAGAGCUUCCGCUGCCACGCCCUUCCUCUUUGUGUUAUCUGAGUACUGAGGCUUUAGGGGUUUUGAGUGUGUGUUAGUCAGUGUGUUUACUCAGGCUUGCAUUGCAGUUGUGAAAAUCCCUGGUGUGAGAGUAAAUACCUGAUUUUGCAAGACCAUUCUUAAGUUCCCUUCUUGCCUAAGUGUGAGUGAUUAUUCUCUCACGUUUUAUGGUUUUAUAGCCUUGAUUUAGUGCUUACAGUAUUGUAGGGAAUAUGUUGUAGUUCGUUUAGUGAAUGCGUGUGUUUUUGCGCUACCCUUGUUCUAAAGAGAGUAAACAGUCAGCAGGAAGCAUGGGACAAAGGGCUGAAUGAGCAGAGGCACUGAUCCAGGAACAAAUAUUGCUCUAACUGUCGCUGGUUGUGCUGACACAUGCCUCGGUACAUUUGAACUGCAGUUUGUCUUGUUGCACGAUGAUGAUUAAUGCCUUUUUGUGAUGAGCACCCAGAUAAAUGAGGUGAUCAUUUCAAAGAUUUAAUAAUCCAUUGGAAAGUUGUGUAUUGCAACUUGCUCUUUUGGCAGAGGCAGAGAGAGAUUUAGAGGAAAGGGAAAUAUGCAGAGGCAUCUGGGGUGUAAAUGAGCACAGUUUAGUGUAUGCUAUGGAUUCUGUGUGGGUUUUAUAGCACAAAGCUUCCCAUCAAUCCAGUUGCUGUUUUCCUGGAGUACUAGAUGCAGAUAAUGAGACUUCUAAUGUGAAACACUUCCAUUCACACAUUAGCCUAAUUGCAAUAAGCCCACUUGUUAAUGUGUUUAUGGUACCUGUGCUACUCCAGCAGCGAUGAUAGUUUGCUGCCAUCACAUAAAGUGAAAUCAGAUGCUUCAGUAAUUAAAGUUGAAAGCAGAAAGCAGAAAUUGUAGCCUAAUUGAAACCUGUGAGACAUGCAGGUAUGCUGAGACAUGCAGACAUGCAGGUAUGCUAUGAAAUAUGCUACUGACAUCCUAGAGCUGUAAACCUGAAACAAAAAAGCUUAAAUAAAUAUGAUAUUGAUAUGUUUUUAUUUUAAGCCAUGACAUUGCCAUCUCAAGAAUCACCUACUUUCAGAGCAAGAGGCCAUUUGACGGACAUUAUGAAUGAACAGUUACAGACUGUUGUUUUUGCAUGACAACAAAAAUACACCACCUGAAAAAAACGUUUGCUAUAUGUUAUUCCAUAGCCUCAGACUCACGUGUUUACACGCUAAAACGAAUUAACCAUGGUCUUGCAACCUUUUAACAUAAAAAGAGAACAGUUUAGGCUACCUGAUAACUAGUGUUAGACUAAUUGAUUUCAUAAUGUAUCAAGUCAUGUUCGCUGUGACAGAAUAAAAAUGACAUCCUGCCAUUGCACUAUGGCACUUUACGCAGUGAAAGUUCCAGGAGAGCAGGUAGUUGUCAAAUGUAGAAAUGCUUGAAUUAUAAGAAUUCUCCAGUUGUCCAUGCGUAACCGCAUGAUGAUAUCUCAUUUCCCCUCCACUGACUUCUUCAAACAAAGCUUUUGUAUUCCUUUUAAAGACAAGAUGCCACAAAACUCAUUAACUUUUCCAAUUCAGUCACUUGUUCAGAAAAGCACACUCUUACCACGGUAUUUAAAAGUGUACAAUAUCCCCAGACUGCCUGAGGCUGAGACUAGCUUGGCACUAACAUAUCAUCAAAAAUCCCCUUUCCAUUAUCAUAUCACGAGUGAUCCAUCAAACGAAAACUACUUAUAAAGUGAAGGCUUCAGAAUAUUAUUCAAAAAAGAUGAGCAUAUUUUUCAGAGCUGACAGAAGAAUAAUGACUCCAAGUCAUUACUCCAAGUCAAAUGAGUUCGACAAAGGCUUUAAGUGAAAUGAAACCAAAAACCUAACCAAGCUAGAGUCAUUUAAGUACAAACAUUUUUGUAGUGACAGUUUAUAGUUUGGCAUGACUUAUUGACUGGAUAUUAUGGAAUUAGAUACAUUAGAUCCCCAAAUUGCAAUGACAAAAAAAACAAAAAAACAAACCUUAAUUUGGGCACCACAUUCUUCAUGUCACUCUUGAUCCGUGUCCACUGAACUGAAGCCCUAUACAGAAGGUGAUCAAAUCAUCCACAAAUAAAAAGUACCUGUAAUCUUUAUCCAAUUUUUAUCCAUUUUUAUCCACUUGUGCGCUCAACCUCAUUCCAAAGCAAUAAAACCGCCCACUAACCCAUGGUGGAAGAGUGUGGAGGAGGGGGUGGAGAGGACAGAGGAAGAAAUGGUGUUUUUUUUUUCUUUUUUUUAAAAAGAUGGGUCUGUAAUGGGAAGCAUAUUUGCCGUGUCCUUCACUGAGUGGCUGGUGUGAUGUACUGUACAUGGUGUGAUGAGUAGGGAGAUGUCUGCUGUGUGCAGGCCAGGCUGUUAUAGUGAACUGCUUUAGGCCUGAGCCACUGCUUAGCACAUGUAAAUGUCAGAUUGAGUUAUUGGAUUACAGACUGAUGAAGCAUGCUGAGACUCCUCUCCCCAUGGCUGGUCACAUGAGCCGCAACAAUCACAAACGCCCUCACACACUCUCUCUCUUAGACACACUGCUAGUAGCUCAUUUGGUUUGCACCAGUGUAACCAUGCUUCCUGGGCUGAGACCAAAUGUAUGGCUGGAGAUCGGUGUGUAUACAUGCGUGACUGAGAGCAGUGAGAUGCUUUGAGCAACGCUGAAUCAUCCCCUGGAAAAUAACCUGCAAGUCCAACUUUUUCUCCAGUCUUCAGAGUUUUGAAGCUGAAUUGUGAGCUGUUUUUUGUAAACCCAGGCACCAGUAGCUGUUCUGUAAUAGGAUGGAUGCGUUAGAGACUCUGUCAGGCUCUGCGCUGGACUCCAAAGCAGAGCGUAUUGCACGCUACAAGGCCGAGAGGCGGCGCGAGUUGGCGGAGCGGUAUGCCAACCUGGAGGACCUCACCUCCAAAUAUACCAGGAGGGAGAGACUCCGGGACAAUGCAGAUGCUCCAGACACAGCCCCUAGCACAGAGCAGAAGCCUAAAGAGGUCAGUGUCUGUACACGAGAUCAGCCUGCUGAAUCUAACGACAGGGAGCAAGGAGAGAACGAGAAAGAAGUGCAGAGUGAAACUAACACGAAACAGGGAACUGCAACAAGAUCCCGGCACGGUCUGCUGGGCACAGAGGAAGUCAAACCGCCAAAGGCUGAUGACAAAGAAGAUGACAGCUGUAAGACAACUGCGUCUGCAGGGAUGUCUCGCAGUAAAGAUUUGGAGUCACCUGAAAACUCGUCUAGCUCAAAGGCCAUACAGGAGGAAGCCAUACAGGAGGGUCACCGCGCCAACAGACAGAGAGAGCCAAUCAGCACUCAGGACAGGCCAACUAAAGCCAGUCAGUCCUUAUUGUCUUCAUCAGCUAAGGAAGAGGAGCCAGAUGGAGAGAAGGGCAGUGAGAAGUUGGAAGCACAGGAUGAAGGGGAAAAGGACUCUGACAGUGAACUCGGGGUUGGUGAGAGACAGUGUGAACUAGUUAUCGAGGAGCCCCACUCAAUCCCCAUGCCGACUGUGAAGGCUGAUGAGCAGGAGGCGCUCGCAGCCGGCUUGCAAAGGCAGGACUCAGGUCCACGUGGCCUCCGGGGCAUCCUAAAGAAGAGCCGCUCUGCCAGCCUGGAGGCCGAGCCUGCGCCGGAGAGAAGCGAAGCUCAUGGCAAAGACUGUGAGGAGAAGAAGCAGGAGGACAGAAUGGAAGAGAUAGAAGCGGAGACAAAGGUGGAUGGUGGGAUAAAGCUCCUGCAGAGGGGAAACAGCAGCUCCAGUGAUGCUCCCCGUUCACCUUCUCUGUGUACGUCUGAGGACAGCGAGGAGCUGGACAGCAGUCUGGAUGGUAGCAUGAGCUCAUCUUUCAACCAGAGGCUGGCUGAGCUGACAGGUAAUGAGGAAGACCGGCACACUAAGCUGAAGAAAACCAAAGCCAGCGAUGUGGUCCAGAUGCCCUUGGCGGACCGCUUCAGCCAGCUGCAGGACUCUGAGAACGCCUGGAAGAAGAAGAAAUCUUCAGCCGAGGUGGAGACAAAAAUGUCCCUAGCCCAGCGGAUGAAGAUCCUGCAGGAGAAGGAAGAGCAGUGGAAAGCCAAAGGGAAAGGAGCUGCCAACGACUCCACUCAGUUCUCUGUGGCUGGACGCAUGGCCAAGAGAGGCCUUGUAUCCCCCAGUAGAGAUGAUGUGCCUGUUAUCCUCAGCAAGAAAGCAAGCCACAGCACACCAGUCAAGCCUUUAGAAGAGAUCUCCACUCGACCUGAUGCUGAGGGCGACAAAAGGCUUGACAAACUGGAGUCCUUUUUAGACAAACUUCACAAUAAAGGAGUGAGCAGUAAACCUUCUACCAUCGAGGUGACUGAGGAGAAGGAGAAGGAGGUGAUGACCCUAGAUGAUGAUGAUACGUUUCAGCGCUUUUUCAAGUCCAUGUCCCCUACAAGUCUAAGCUCAAAUUUGCUUUUGGAUGAAGAAGAGGAUUUCAGCGCUGUCCAGUUUGACUCUCCAAAGUUAACCACAUCAGUAGCAGAACACAGGCGGUCAGUGAGGCCCUCCCGCAAGACAAAAGGCUCAAGAAACCCUCUACGUGCCCUGGCAGCUCGAGAUGACCUGAGACAGGCUUACACUGAGCAGAGACUCAACAUAGCAACCGUGGAGGCCAAGAGGAUCCAAGUGGAGAGGAUGGCCAAGCACUCAAGACUGGCUGGUUGUGCCUUGGCCGGAUUGGCAAGUAAAGAAAACUUCAGGAACGUAAACCUGCGAAGCGUUAAGUCCACUGAAGUGGUGACCAACAACAGCGCCGUGCCUUUUCACAAGCUCAUGCUCAUCCACAUCAAAGGGCGCAGGCACGUUCAGGUGCGUCUGGUGGAGCCCACGGCCCUCUCUCUCAACAGCGGUGACUGUUUUCUACUAAUCACCCCAAAUCACUGCUUCCUGUGGUGUGGGGAGUUUGCCAACGUUAUCGAGAAAGCCAAGGGCUCAGAGAUGGCACAAUAUGUCCAGGCUAAGAGAGACCUCGGCUGUAAAGCCCCACAGGUCACUUUGCUGGAGGAAGGCAUCAACACAAACAGCCGGUCUGCCAAGGACUUCUGGAACCUUCUCGGAGGACAAACCGAAUACAGAGCUGCGGGGGAUCCAGAUGAAGAUGAACUGUAUGAGAGUGGCAUCAUAGAGGCGAAUUGUAUCUACAGGGUGGUGGAAGACAAGCUGGUGCCUUAUGAGGAAGCCUGGGCCUCCAUUCCCAGUGUGUCUCUGCUCAACUCCAAAGAGGCCUUGGUGUUUGAUUUUGGCAGCGAGAUGUAUGUGUGGACAGGGAAGGAUGUGGCUCUGAGUGACAGGAAGGUGGCAGUGCAGCUGGGCAAACAGCUCUGGAGCGGAGCCUAUGAUUACAGCACCUGCAGGGUCAACCCCCUGGACUCCUCCUCAGCCAAUAAGGACCUCCCUCAACAUGGUGAGGGCAGGCCAAGCUGGGGUCUGUUCGGAAGGCUUUCAGAGCAUAAUGAGACAGCUCUUUUCAGGGAGAAGUUUCUAGACUGGGCCGAGCGUAAACCGAUCAAAGAGGAGCCAGCAGUGGAGGAGGUGAAGAGUCCAGUACACCAACACUUCACUGCCACCCAGGAGUCAGACCUGAAGCCAUGUGAUGUAAAGGCUCUCCUGGAUGGAGGAGACAAUCCUCUGAAGAUGGCCUUAGAGGGUGUAGAUGUGCAUAGAGGUUACGGAUUGGUCAGUUCAGAAGAUGGAAGGCAGGCUCAGUUAGCCACUUUGGCAGUAGACGCGUGGCACAUUCGUGAGUUCGAUGAUUUUGAGAUCCCGGCUGAGAGCGUGGGUCAGCUGCACGAGGGUGACACGUACGUCAUCCGCUGGAAGUACUCCAUCACAAGUGUGGUGGGUAAAAGACAGAAGCCUGGUGAGCUGAGUGCCACAGGGCCUGGCAGAGAGCGCACUGCUUGCUUCUUCUGGCAGGGCCGUCAGUCAAGCGUGAGUGGGCGGGGCACGUCAGCUCUCAUGACGGUGGAGCUGGGAAACCAGCGGGGAGCACAAGUACUCGUCACACAGGGCAAAGAGCCACCCUGCUUCCUCCAGCUCUUCAACGGAGGACUAAUCAUCCACCAAGGCUCCAGAGAGGACAGUGCCAAAAACACAGGUGGCUGGAGGCUGUUCUGUGUACGUGGGGAGGCAGCAGUGGAGGCGUCUCUUCUGGAGGUGGAGUGCUGCAGUGCUAGCCUGCGCUCUCGCGGCUGUCUCCUCCUCCUGGGCGUACACCAGAGACAGCUGUAUCUGUGGCAUGGCUGCAAGGCUCAGCCAACAGCCCGCGAGGUGGCCAAGAGGACUGUGGAGCGCCUCACACACACCUGUCCUCCAGAGCUCGGGUUAAACAACAACACUAAUCUGAAAGUGCAGGAGAUAGAAGAAGGCACAGAGCCACAGGAGUUCUGGGAUGCACUUGGCCAGCAGGACAGGAAAACCUAUGACUGUAUGCUGCAAGAUCCAGGAAAAUACAACUUCACACCUCGUCUUUACCGCCUCAGUGCCAGUUCUGGAACCUUUGAGGGGGAGGAACAACUGAGUCCUUCACGCGUGACAGGCUCUGUGAUGGCGAUGCCAUUCCUGCAGGAGGACCUUUACUCCACGCCUCAACCAGCCCUGUUCCUGCUGGAUAACAGGAUGGAGGUGUACCUGUGGCAGGGCCAGCAGCCAAAGGAUGCAGAGUGCACGGGUUCUGCUAAGAUCCGCUGGGACAACGAAAGGAAGUGCGCCAUGGAGACUACCCUGCAGUACUGCAAAGCAAAGAACUCCAGGCGACCCCCGUCGGCCUAUCUAAUCUUGGCUGGAGCUGAGCCCCUCACGUUCACUAACAUCUUUCCAUACUGGGAGAAAGAUUCCAGCAUCAGAGUGCAGGGUAUGAGGAAUAAGGUGAUCCUGGUAGAGGAUGCUCUGUCCAAGCUGAGUAAGAAUCAGUACUCUCUGGAGGAGCUGACCACCAGACCACUGCCUGAGGGAGUGGACCCUCUGCACCUUGAGCUCUACCUGUCUGACGAAGACUUCCAGGUGGCUCUGGAGAUGACACGAGAAGAAUUCAGUGCUCUCCCCAACUGGAAACAGCUCAACCUAAAGAAGAGCAAAGGCCUCUUUUAGAUUUGUAAUGGAGUAUUCUCAAAAGGAAGGACUGAUCCUUUUGUGUGUUUAUGUGGGAAACCAGUCCAUGUAUAGUACCAAAUGUACAGUGUGAACUUUUUUAAACAAUGAACUGACCUGGCAAUUUUGUAGAGAACUUUUCUAAAUGCCAAUCAUUGUAGCAAACUAGCUUUAUACAUGAGUUGAAUGGACUUUCUAUAUACUCUAAAAAUGCAAAAGUAUACCAGUUGGGGAUAUUAUGUCACUUAUAUCAACUUAUGUUUGACUAAUUACGUACAAGCUUGAAUUUUUUAUGGGUAAUACAGGUCUUUGUUUUAAGGAAAUGGUGGUUUUUUUAAAGGCUAGCUUCCUAAAACUCCUAACUCCCUAGUGUAAAGCAUGUUUGCUCUUAUUAGUCGUUAGCAAAAUGAACUACUUUCAAAGCCAUAUAGAUAUGCACAUUCUACAGUGUUAUAUGUGGAGUUUGGGCUCUAAUACUGUGGCUUUCCAGUAUAUUCUACCUACAUUAAUGCAAAUAACUGUUAAUAACUUUUUUGUAAUUGAAUAUAAUGUGGACUUUAUGAAAUUAUA